AUGCCUCCAAUGCCACAAUCUGCACAACGUCGUGGUCCUCACUGGACUGACAAGCUCAAAAUGGGCAUGUUGAUGGGAGGGACUGUUGGAGGAAUCAUGGGACUGAUCUAUGGCACCGUGACCGUCUUCCAGUAUGGCGGUGGUCAGGCAGGCGUCAUGAGAACACUAGGAAAGUACAUGGUGGGCUCAGGCGCCACGUUCAGUGUCUUCAUGGGCAUCGGCAGUCUAAUUCGAACCGACUCCCCGGAGAUGGCUGCAGCAGUAUGGGCUCGCUCAAGAUAUCCUCCUCUAGUCCACCCGCGACGAGAUCGACUACAGCUCCGCCAAUGA